AUCGACCCGGAGGCCCUGGACGGCAGCACCCUCGCAAUUCUCAGGCAAGCUUUCACUGUUUCAUUGGCGAACUAGUGGGUAGUACACACACACGUCAUAGGUCUCCAGUUAAAAAUUAUCCUCCAAAUAAACCUCAAAUCCAUCAAGUGACAUCGCAGAAUUCGGGAUUUAUCCAGAGGAUAACUUUCAACUGGAGGUCAAGACCCGGACGUGAAAAUUCAUUUAUCAUCUGUUAAAUUCUAACUUGGAUUGUUUAGUUUGUCCUUUCUUAUCACUCUUAGUUUGACCCUAUGAUUUGAACUUAAAUUUCAUUUCAAGCCAGUUUCAAAUCAAUUUUCCGCCUUCUCACUUCUAAAAAAAAGAAAAGAAAAGAAACGACUGAAUAAAAGAGAAAAAAAGGAAGUAACUGAAUCAAGGAACAAAUUUAUUUCUUCUUCAACUGAAUUAUUCAGUCUUUAAAUAAUAACAACAACAAAACAAACUCGAAAAAGUGAUAAGGAAACUGGAAUCUGAAGAAUAAUCGUUAAAUAUUCUUCACUAAAACAGUCGAUUUUAAAGAAACCAGCAAAAUUACCGGACGCGGCGCGUGUGCCAAGUAUUGUGGUCCUUCUCAACCACCCGGCAACAUUUCAUUCUCCAGCUUCCGGCAGUCGUUUACCACCAAUGUUAAUUACCUGAAACGAAGCUUGUCUUCUAGAUUCUCGUCAGGGGACUUGAGCUCGGAACUUGACGAUGAUCCGAACGGAGACCCUGGGAUGGCCACCUUGGGACGACAGGAUUCAUCUCAGACCUAUCAGGGACUACCCGAGAGGCCAUUGCAAUCGCAACCUGGCCCACAGCAACCGCCUAGUCAACCACCAGUACCAGGUGCACCGCCAAUGAGCGCUCAAUCCGGCGGCGAUUUGAGCCUUAAUCUAAGGCCCGGCUCGAGAACAACCAGUGCGCCGUCGUCGCCCGCCAAGACCAGGGAGAGCCUUCUUCAGAGGGUUCAGAGUCUCACUGGAGCUGCACGAGAUCAGGGUGCAUCAAUUUUGGGUGCCGCGGUAUCUGGCGCCACGAGAGGUCAAUCUUUCGGCAAAGAUCGCUCGUUGACUCUGUUGGUGAUAGACGAUCAAAAUACAGACUGGAGUAAAUAUUUCCGGGGACGAAGACUUCAUGGCGACUAUGAAAUUCGAGUUGAACAAGCCGAAUUCCGUGAGCUCUCACUCACGGCAAACGAACAGGGUACAACCGUCUCCAUGGCUGUCUUCCGUAACGGGACCAAGGUUAUCCGGUCGUUCAAGCCAGACUUUGUUUUGAUUCGUCAAAAUUUGCGUGACGCUAGUGAGGACCAUAAAAAUCUCCUACUCGGUCUAAUGUACGGUGGCGUUCCAAGUGUAAACAAUUUAACCGCCAUUUACAAUUUCCAGGACAAACCAUGGGUAUUUGGUCACCUGUUAGGUCUACAAAGACGAUUGGGAAAGGAAAGUUUUCCUCUAAUUGAACAAACAUUCUAUCCAAACCAUCGAGAAAUGGUGAACGCGAGUCGAUAUCCAGCGGUGAUAAAAUUAGGACAUGCACAUGGCGGUAUUGGAAAAGCUCGAGCAGAGACAAGUCAAGAAUUUUUAGAUCUUUCUUCAUUAGCAGCAAUGACGAAUGCCUAUUGUACUUCCGAACCGUACAUUGACACCAAGUAUGACGUUCAUGUUCAGAAGAUUGGAAACAACUACAAGGCUUUUAUGCGCAAGAGCAUCAGUGGAAAUUGGAAAUCUAAUACCGGAUCUGCCAUGCUAGAACAACUCGCGGUGACUGAAAGACAUCGCGCGUGGGUGGAUCACGUGGCGCUACUUUUCGGCGGUUUGGAUAUUUGUGCUAUUGAACUUUUAGUCGGAAAAGAUGGAAAGGAAUACAUGAUUGAAGUUAAUGAUAGCGCUCUGUCGUUAAUGGGUGACUCUCAGGAAGAAGAUCGACGUCACAUUGCAGAUUUAGUCACCGCGAAAAUGCAGGCCUGCUGUCGACCACCGGCUGUUUUAACGAAAACUGCAUCAAGAGGGUCGAUGUCGAGCUCUAGUCAAGUGACGAGUCCAUCGGAAGAUCGAGCACCAGCUCCAGCAGCAUCAUCGGCAGCAUUGGGGUCCCAUGGCAGUAUUAGCUCAAUAACAAGUGGCUUUGGAUCCGCGGGUUCAACGCCUGCUCUCGUCAGUGACGUCACUUCUUCUGACAGUCAUCAUCAACUGCAACGACGUGAUUCACAAGCAUCGCAAUCGAGUACUGUAAGCAGUGUUACAUCGGCUGGUCGUCGUCCCGAGGAACCACCACCCACAAGGGCACCAUUCCAUCGACAAGGAAGUCAGUCCCAGAGUCAAAAUGAAGAUUCCGAGGACACAAUGAAAAAUCUUCGCAAGACUUUCGCUGGAAUUUUCGGCGACAUGUAAAAAAAUAAUUCUCCCCAAAAGACAAAAAAAAAUAGAAGAGAAUAAUUGGGAGAUAAUUUGAAAGAAAAAAUAAAAACAAAAUGCUUCGAACAUAU